AUGGAGAAACUUGUUGGUAAAAAACCAUUACCUGAAAAGGUUUACCGUGAGUCGAUCAUACAAGAGCUGCAGGAUGGCCCCAAGACAUUCCCAGGAUUGUGGGGACGACAAACGAUCCUGCGCGAGCAGCUUCUUGUCUGGGUACCAACUUGCAUGUUCUGGCUCAUACUGCAGUGGGACGAGAAGUUGCUGCCGCCACGUUCGCAUACAGUUCCAGGUACGGCACCGCAAGACUUCAGGACCCGUUCAAGUGCUGGCUGA